CCCCUCCUCUUGUUAAUCUCACCUUAUUCUCUUCUCUGCUACUUCUCCAGAAAUCUAGUUACAGGUUAGCGAAGCAAAGCUCUCUUCUUCCCCAUAUCUACUUCUUAUCUUCUUCCUCCCUUUAAUAUUUCUUCUCCCUUUUUAUUUUCCUUCCAAGAUCCAUCGAGCUUUAAAAUCAUCCAAAGCUGGCGAAUAACCGUUGGUGGGCCGGCCAGCUAGGCCUCGCAGCUGGCCUCGGCGGUGGAAUCAAUGAACCGGCGUCCUCCGGCUCCUCCGGUCCUGGAAAACUCACCCAAGAAAUGAACAUCGGUCUAAAAGACCCCUCCGAUCCAAGCCGCGCUACCGCGUCCGCCGACGACCAAGACGACGAGAGAAUCGACAACGAAGACGAGCCCAAAGAAGGAGCCGUUGAUAUCGGCAACCGCAGGCCACGGGGCCGUCCUCCGGGCUCCAAAAACAAGCCCAAGCCCCCUAUUUUCGUGACUCGUGACAGCCCCAACGCGCUCCGUAGCCACGUCAUGGAAGUCGCCGGCGGUGCCGACGUCGCCGACUCUAUCGCCCAGUUCUCCCGCCGCCGUCAACGCGGCGUCUGCGUGCUAAGCGGAGCCGGCGCCGUUGCUAACGUCACCUUACGUCAGCCCGCAGCCCCUGGCGCCGUCGUAGCUCUUCGCGGCCGGUUCGAGAUUCUUUCCCUAACCGGAACGUUUUUGCCCGGCCCGGCUCCUCCUGGCUCCACCGGACUGACCGUUUAUCUCGCGGGCGGGCAGGGGCAAGUGGUCGGGGGCAGCGUCGUGGGCCCUCUGGAAGCUGCUGGACCGGUUAUGGUUGUCGCCGCCACUUUUUCAAACGCAACUUAUGAAAGACUACCCUUGGAAGAAGAAGAAGAAGCAAAUGAACCCGGCGGGCAGCUUUCCGGCAGGUCCCCUGCCGGACUCGGCAGCGGCGGAGGAUUGCUAGACCAGUCAGGUAUGCCUAUAUUUAACCUUCCGCCUAAUCUGAUGCCCAACGGUUCCGGCCAGCUAGUCGAUGCCUUUGGACCAUGGGCUCAUGGCCGGCCGAAUUUCUAAGAUCGUUAAGAGAAGCAGAAGCAGAAGAAGAUGAAGAAGAAGAAGAUGAAGAAGAACGAACAUGGAAGCUAAGAAGAGUGUUUGUAUAUGAUUAUUGAUCGAUUAUGAAAUCGAGGGGUGAGACAGUUCUAAUUACUUUCUUUAUGUUCUUAAUUUGUUAGGAAUAAUGUGAAGGAUUUGGAGUGCUUUGCAAUUAUAUAAAUAUAAAUCUACAUAGCAUGGUGGAUGGCUGACAUAGAUGGAGUUACAGUUCUUUGUAUCAUAUUGUUUGGAGUUUGUGAUGAGUCAUUUAGG